AUGACUUCUUCUGUUCAUUUCAAGUUCAAAUCUCAGAAGGAGCCCUCGAGGGUAACGUUUGAUGGUACGGGUAUAUCGGUUUUUGAGCUGAAAAGAGAAAUCAUCAAUCAAAAUCGACUAGGCGACGGAAGUGAUUUUGAGCUUGCGAUAUAUAAUGAAGAUACUAACGAAGAGUAUGACGAUGAUACCACCAUUAUCCCACGAUCCACAUCUGUCAUCGCCCGCAGACUUCCUGCUGCCAGACCUGGCAAGGGCGGUGCUGCACGUUAUGUCUCCGGUAAGAUGCCAGUGAACGCUCGUAGCUCAUCUAGGAUUGAGCCCCCUGCCGCUGGCCGAACGAUAGGUGGUGGAGGUGCGGUUAUAAACAAUAUUUCCGAUUUGAAUAGCGCACAGUCCGAAGAUGAGAAGAUCAAAGCAUUAUUUAGUUUGCAAGAAACUCAGUGGAAGGAACAGCAAAACGAAAUGGCCAAUGCCACUCCAGUCCCGUUUCAUCGGGGAAGGGGAAAACCUGUUAAUAUUCCUGACCAUCCGCCCCCACCAGGCUACCUAUGCUACCGUUGCCGAGAGAAAGGGCAUUGGAUCCAGGCAUGUCCUACUAACAAUGACCCAAAAUUCGACGGCCGUUAUCGAGUUAAGCGAUCGACGGGAAUACCCCGCUCUCUCCAGAAACAGGUUGAAAAGCCCGAUUCCCUGGCAUUAGAUGGUUCAAACGAAGAUUCAAAACUUUCCGGGGUCAUGGUAAACGCUGAUGGUGAUUUUGUGGUUGCCCAACCAGACAAGGCGUCGUGGGAACUGUACCAGGAAAAGGCCAAAGCUUCUGCAGCAGCCGCAGCUGAAUUUGCGGCGGCUGAGGGGAGCAAAGAGAUACAAGCGCGUGGUCUACAGUGUCCAAUUGAUAAACGCUUACUACUAGAGCCAACGAAAACUCCAUGCUGCAGCAAGACAUAUUGCAACGAUUGUAUCACAAAUGCAUUGAUCGAAAGUGAUUUCGUUUGCCCCAAUUGCUCCACUGAAGGCGUAUUACUAGACAAUUUAGCAGUGGACGAAGAGGCUAUUACUAAGCUAAAGGAUUAUGAAAAAGAAAAAUCAGAGAAAAGGGAUAAAGAAAAAGAAGAAGGAUCAGUUAGUGAGGAAAGUACCAGAUCCCCUCGACCAAAAGUGGCUUCGGAAUCCGCCAACCACAAACCCACCUCUGCAUUGUCUCCAGAAACUCUGACGCAACCCAAUUCAACAUAUCCAAAGAAGCGGCCCGCAGGUGAAGGUGACGAAAACAAUAAUGAGGAACCAAUCGCUGCACCAGCAAUGAAAAAGCAAAAAUCGAACGAUAGCCAGUCCCAGGUUAACAAUCAACAUAACUCAAGAUUUAAACCCAUGAACAGAUUCUCCCCAACCCCAUUCAAUCAGCAACUAUCGUCCGGAAAUUUUAACUCACCAUCACCUCAAAAUUUCCCGUUUAUGGGGUUCCCUCCAAAUAAUAUCAUGUCAAUGACUGGGUUUGUUGGGGGUGUAAACCAUUCUCCUAUGUCUAACGGAUAUCCGCAUGGCGAAAGUGGAUGGAAUCAAAUGGCUAACAACAAUAUGAGUUUCGGGCCACCAAACCUUUCCUAUAUGACUGGAUUCAACCAAACAAUGAUGCCAGUUGGCGGAUAUGGGCCCCCCAAUUUCGGCCCUGCUGCGGGUGGGAUGCCGAUGAAUAUGAAUUUCAUGAGCCAACAACUUAGUCAUUUGCCGCAAAGACCACCUUUCCAGCAAAAUCCAGGAAUCACCACCUUCUCGAACCAACAGCGAACCAGUUUCGGUAGACCAUUCGCGAAGGAGGAAGACAAUGCAUACUUACGCCAGCCCGUAAACCCUCAUCGGCAUCAGGCGAGGCAAAAACGAAUUAGGCCUAGUGACUAUCGGGAACUGUAG